ACGAUAUCAGUUUUAUACAUUGAAGUUUAUAAGCAUUAACUGUAAACAAAAACAUUUAUAAGCCGUGUUCCGAUAUACACUGUGAGUAUUGAAAAUCUACAGUAUACGUAACGUACACUAUAGAUUUUCAGUAUUAACAGCGAAUAAUAAAACGCAGCCAUAAUGAUACUUUUGAAAAUGAAUGUCGUCAGUCCAUACAGAGAGAAUAUUGCAUCGCGAUACGGAAAACUUGAGUAAGAACGUUAUCUCGCUUUUAGCAAACAAAUAUAUUUAGCAAACAUCUGGUAUUAAAAUUGGAAUCGGAAUCGAUAUCGGAGACAGGAUAUUGUUUAAUUAAAUGCAGCAUUGAAAACAAGUUAAACUUGUGCCUGAUAUUAUUUAACAUAUGCAGAAGGAAUAAUUCUGAAAUACUCGUUUUAAUACAUAGUAAGGUUUACACGAAUGUUUCGAAAUUGUUUUCCUGCAUGACAAUAUUGCUAUUAAUACACAACCGCGCGCGCGUUAUCGGUACAGAGUACAACAUAUUUAUUAACGGAAUUAAGAAAGACAGUGAAACCUCGAACCGUAUUUGACUUUAUAAGUGACAGUGAGUUUCUUGUUAUACGAUCUAUAAUCUCAUGUCGAAUGUAGGAAUGCUCAGCGUUAAGACGUAAGUCUAUAGAAAGAUAUUUGUGGAGGAGGAAUCUGAGUAUCGAGUGUGCAUGGGUGCCGUCUCAUCGUCGACGAUAUAAUUUGAUAGUCGUAAUCUAGCAGUUGAAUGUGCGAGCGAGCGAAACCGAACUGGUGAUUGUAUCGAUACGAAAACAAACGACGAAAACGGCGACACUGGUGCAACGAUUUGAAACGUAAUGGUCAUCAAUGUCAUCGAUUCAUUAACCGAGGUUACAUUGAAUAUUCAGAACGAUGGAGAUACGAGUACGAUACUUGUUUGCUAUUAUGCUGUGCAUAGCGAACAUGAUUAUUUAUGGUCUGAAAGUAAAUAUCGCGACGGCUAUCAUCGGUAUGGUGAAAAAAAAGCCGGGUAUACCGGAUUGGUCAGAUGAGUGUCCGGAAUUUGAUGUUCCUGGAAAUUCCAUCACCGAUAUCGACGGUCCAUUCGAUUGGACAGCAAGCCAGCAAGGUUUGGUUAUUAGUAUAUACUUUGCUGGAUAUCUUAUUGGCAUGUUUCCAUCGGGAUAUUUGGCGGAUCGGUUUGACACAAAGUUAGUAUUGUUAGUCUGUGUGCUGGCAAAUGGAAUCUUAACAAUAUUGGUGCCGAUCGCAGCAAAGGAGUUGUAUGUACUAUACAUUAUUAGAUUUUUGACCGGUCUUGUGAGCGCAGCGAAUCUUCCUAUAGUAAAUGUUCUUCUGGGAACAUGGGUUGUGUACGAGGAAAAAAGCACAUGGGUCGGCAUUAUAUACGCUGGAACGUCGCUCGGCACCGUGAUAUCUAUUCUUACCUCGGGAUUGAUAUUACGUUACGUGGGCUGGGAGGCCAUCUUUUACAUCCACGGCACGACACCGUUAAUCUGGUGCAUCAUCUUUUAUAUAUUUUUCGCCGGUUGUCCGGAAAAACAGAAGUACAUAACGGAGCAUGAAAGAGCGUUUAUCGUGAACUCGUAUGGUCAUCGUACACCUGGAUCCGCAAAGAUGAAGAUUCCAUGGAAAAGUAUAUUUAAAUCGGUGCCAUUUUUGGCUCUGAUCGCUACGAAUACUUUAGGCAACUUUUGUUGGUAUUUCUUGCUCACCCAACUGCCGCUUUAUAUGAACAAGAUAUUGCGAUAUGAUAUUACAUCGAAUGCCGCUAUCGUUUGCACACCGUAUCUCGUGAACGCCUUCACUAAUCCAUUAAUCGGACGAGUUUUAGAUUGGGGACGGAAAAAAGGAUUUUGGUCUCAGACAUUUGCACGUAAAAUUGCAGUGUUCAUAAGCACUAUCCCACCUAGCAUCUUUCUCGUUAUAAUCGCGUACAUUGGUUGCGCUCGUGCGACGUCGACUGUGCUGCUAACCUUGAGUAUAGUAGUCUGUGGUGCUAUAUUUGUCGGUCAUCUUUGUAAUCAAAACGAUCUGGCACCAAAUUAUGCAGGAAUUCUCAUGGGUAUUACAAAUACUCCGGGCACUAUUUCCGCCUUUAUCCUGCCACCGAUAGUUGGAGCUCUCGUAUCGGAAGGACACACUAUAGCGCGAUGGAGAAUCGCAUUUUGGAUUACCAUCGUCGCCCAAGUUCUCGCUUUCGUGAUAUUUGCGAUCUUCGGAUCAGCCAAAAUUCAACCAUGGAAUUAUCCGGUGGCUGACGUCGAAAACUGGGACGUCGAUGACGGACAACCACAACAAGGACAACGGCAACAAGAAACGAAGACUUAAAUUGAAACUACCUUUGUACAAUUCUUAUUAAAAAAAUCAAAAGGAACAUUUUUUUUUUAUAGAAAAAUGUAUUCCGCCUGUUGCAUAAGAAAUUUUAUAUAGGUAAAUUAAAUAAGUACGAUAAUAUAAGUUAUCGUCAAACGAAAUCAA